UCAGUGAUCCAAUGAGGGAAACAAGAUGAUGACAGCAGAGCCGUCCAUGGACAGACACAUUCAACAGACUACUGAACGUUUGAUUUGCAUAAAGCAGCAACUUUCCCAUCCAAGCACUUUUCAGACAGCAGCGAGAGAACUUCUGGAAUGGUGUGCAGAUCCACGAGCCUUCCAACGAUCCUUUGAACCAGGACUUAUCGGAUGUUUAACGAUUGUCAGCCGAGUUGCAGCCCAGAAUGGCUAUGAUUUUGACCUAGGGUAUCGUCUUCUAGCUGUUUGUGCCGUUCACAGAGACAAGUUCACUCCUAAAUCAGCAGGUAACCACGAACUCUCAGCAAAAGGAAACUUAAUCGCUACACUAUACAGCCAAGAACCCAAUGGAAAGAGGACAACGAAGGAAGUUUUGGUCUUCUGGGAGUAG